GAUCUUGAUAUUUGAUUGUGUUCCUGGUAUACAUGCAUACAGGUUGUUCCACCGCAUACCGUGAACCCAAACAUGACGUGGAUGACUAUGAUAAUCCUUAUGGUAAACAGUUUUGGAAUUUACUACAGCAAAGGUUCAGGUUCCAGGCACAAAAUUUCCAAAAACAUAACUUUACAUCAAUCCCAGGAAUCAUCCAUUAAAUCACCGGGGUAUCCCACAAAGCAUUACGAGAAAGACACAGUCUACAUAUGGACCGUGACAGCCCCGGGAACCACGGAGGAAGUCACUAUAAAUAUAUUAGAUAUGGAUAUUCAUUACACUCCAGGAUUCCCUUGUGGCGACUAUUUGAAGAUACAAGACACAGAUGAUGAGGACUUCGCAAUAUUCAAAACAGGCGACAAAUCAAUGCAGAAAACUGUUAUUACUACCGGGAACAAAUUGAAGAUAACGCUCUUUUCUAAUUAUGACGAUCUUACAGGAAAAGGAUUUAAUCUAAUUUUGAGAGUCACUAAAACCAAGCUAACAACAACACAAACAACAACCAAAGGCAUUCCAACCACUACUCCAGUACCCAUGACGUCACCAACAUCGGUGCAAACUACAACGAAACAUUUAGUUACAAAAACAAAACGAACAACACCACGACCAACACCGAAAGACAUUCCAACAACUACUCCAGUACUCGUGACGUCAUCAACAUCAAAUCAGACUACAUCUAACCAUUUAGUCACGAGAACAAAACGAACAACACCACGACCAACACCGAACGACAUUCCAACAACUACUCCAGUACUCGUGACGUCAUCAACAUCAGUGCAAACUACAACAAAACAUUUAGUCACGAGAACAAAACAAACAACACCACGACCAACACCGAAAGACAUUCCAACAACUACUCCAGUACUCGUGACGUCAUCAACAUCGGUGCAGACUACAUCUAACCAUUUAGAAAGAGGCGACAAGAUGCGCCUGUUCUUCGGAUGAGACCGCAAAAAGCGAGGCCCAUUGGUAAAAUAAAGAUAUUCCUUGCCCAAUGGCCGUACAU